AUGGAGCUAGCGGCUGCGAUCGAGAUAUCCAUCGCAACGAGAAGGAUGACUGAAGUGACGACAUCAAAUCGUGGGAUCCCUGUUAUGGAAGUUGUUGAAAAUGUGGAAGAGUGGUUAAUCAUGAAGAAACUUUCACCUGAAGAAGGAGUGGCUGCGCUGGAAGAACGAUACAAGAAAUACAAAUAUGUCGAAGCAAGCAUGACUUCGCAGAAAACCAGAAUGGCCGAGAAACUGCCAGACUUUAAGAACAGCCUAGCCUUACUCGAUGUGUUGAUAGAUAAGAAGGAAAAGGCGGAGCCGUUUGAGACAACAUAUUUAGUUUCGGAAGAAGUUUAUACGAAAGCCACAGUGCGCAACCCCGAAAAGGUGUCAAUUUGGUUAGGCGCUAAUGUCAUGGUUGAGUAUGAACUCGAGAAGGCAAAAGAACUGCUGGAAAAAAAUCAAGGAAAUGUGCAAAAGGCUGUGGACGAACUCACUUCAGAAUUAAUGUUUGUGAAAGACCAAAUAACCACAACAGAAGUGAACAUUGCUCAUGUGCACAACUACGGGGUGAAGAAACGACAACAGAAAGCGGCUGCCUGA